CUGUACAUCCCAAUCCCCUAUUUCCGGCCAAGUGGCAUAUAAGCCUGAAACUUCUCCAAUCGCGAGCAGUCGUCUCAUUUAUUAAGAACGUUGAGGGAGUGUUCAUUUACAAAUUCCAUUCAUUGUGUUCCCUUACUUCUUGUUCACUUGGAUUAUAUUCACUGGUGGACUUUGGUCAUUUGGACUUGGCUUAUUUGAAAUACACAUUUGAAAGCCUGAUCUAAAUAGCUGAUGUUGAUAAUGCAUGGCUGAAACUAAGAACGAAUUUCUGCUUGAUGACACCGUGUUUUUUUAAAACAAUAGCUUCCGGUUGUUCGUCAGAGAUUCACAAACUUUUGAGACUGUUGUGAUCACAAAACUACGUAUUUCUCGAACCACGCCCUAAACUAGGCAGUUCUUCAAGCUUGUGAUUUAGGCCACGCCCAUUUACUCCAAUUCCUCCUCCAAGGCGGCACAAGAUUGGAACUCAGAGACAACAAUGGAAACACUCCACUUAUGAUUUGCUCCGCGAAAGAUUUUACGGGCAUAGUGGGUACGCUUUUGAGGCUAGGCGCUGACGUCAAUGCUAAGAAUAACAACUGUGAUACUGCACUUAUACUAGCCACAUCAAGGGAAGUAAUUGACAUUCUACUAGAAUACAAACGAGUACAUUCAGAUGAACAGAACAUGUCUAGGAAUACUGCUUUAAUGUCAGCCAUCGAGACAUCUCAUCUCAAGUACGAUGAAUUGCUGAUCAAUGCUGGGGCUAACCCAAACAGACAAGUCGGGGAGCUCUCACAAAGUGACUCUGUAUCGUCCUUCGUCAACAGUCCAGACAAAAGUGCUUUCGAUGUGGCCGAAAGAAUGGGAUUCGAUAAACUGCUGGACUUGCUGAAUCGUGCCAAAAUGGUCAACUUAAAUCUUUUGCAGUUGGCAGCUGUUGAAAAUGACUUUGAUUCCUGCAUCACGUUGCUGAAGUAUAAUUUAUGUGAUAAAGAGGAAACUCAAAAUCUUCGGCCUGACAUCCUCUGUUAUGUUUUAAAACAAAUACACCAAAGGGACGCUAUUCUUUCAUCAGACAUUGAGUUUGUUCGAGAGUUAUGCCGACUUGGAAUGGAUGUCAAUAGAUGUCAGUGCUGUACGAAGUCACGCAUGGAGCUCGUGCUGAAUAUAGGAAACUACGAACUGGCGGAAAUUCUUUGUGCCUAUGGCGCUACGGUCACCCACGACGAUCUGGUGUCUGCUGUUAAGGGACAACACUUAGAAAUGAUUCAACUUCUCAUAAACCACGGGGCACCGGUAAACAAAUACCACCAAGGCUACGUAACUUACAAGGAUUCAGCUCUUGAUGCAGCAUUGGAGUGCUCUUUUACGAAUGCUGCCAGGGUCCUUCUUGACCACGGUGCUGAAAUGGACGCCGACUGCGCUGUCACUCAAGCCUUAAGAAGCAAGAACAAGAAGACGCUCAGCUUUCUUUUAUUAGAAUGUGGUGAAGAGACCAGAGCUGAAAUAGCAAUACCAGAAACAUUAAUACGGGCUGUAAAGUUAGGAGACAUUCAGCUCAUCCAAAUACUGUUAGACGCAGGGGCGGACAUUGACGGGGUCCACGACGAUAAGACUCCUCUUAUGAGUGCUGUCUGCACUGAGGUCAUCGACUUUUUAUUGAGCAAAGGAGCCAAUGUAAAUUUCAAAACUUCUACCACACCUUUGAUCAACGUUUUAUCUAGGGAUUAUUUCAAUAAUGUCAACUCGACAUUUCAUACUAAACUUAACUUUAAUGAGAUAAAUCAAUACAUAUUACAUGUGAUUGACUUGUUUUUAAAAAAUGGCGCCAAUUUAGAAGACUAUAAUAAGUAUGGCUGUACGGCUUUGAUAGAAUCCGCUCAAUGUAGCUUUGGUGUAGAGGUUCUCAAAUAUUUACUGGACAAGGGAGCCGACGUAAACCAACAAAAUUGUUUGGGUUUAACAGCACUGCACAAUGCAGCAGAGAGUCACAAAUUAGAUUUCUUGGAAGUUUUAUUAAAACGCGGUGCUCCUGUUAACUUGAAAAAUUACAAAGGGCAGACCCCACUACACCUGGCUGUGAGAGAUGUAAAUACUGUUCGAUUUUUUCUGGAAAAUCAAGCAAAUGUAAAUGCUGAGGAUUUCUUUAGGGACACACCACUGUCGCUGGCAACAGCACGUCAUGGAGACUUGUGGGAAGUUGUCCAACUUCUGAUUGCCUCUGGCUCCGAUAUCAACCACAGAAACACUUCUGGCAUGUCUCCAGUAUGGCUAGCUGCAGAAAAUUACAACUUAAAAUGCCUGCAAUUGUUAAUCGAUGCUAAAGCUGAUUUAGGUCCCAAUUAUCAGCAAAAGAAGUCGGCGUUGUCCAUACUGCUUAACGAAUUGUCCCCCAGUAAAGAAAAACAGCAUACAGCUACAAUGCUGUUGGAACAUGGAGCUAGUGUUGAAUUUGUCAAACGAGACAUCAUCCAUCGCCUUAUCGCUGCUGGUAGUGAUGGCACUCUGAUUCAAAGACUAAUUAAAAUAGGCUUUUGUCCUACAGACAUACUUCUAAAGUGCACUAUCUUUAACUGGCCGGAAACUUCUGUGUCGCCACUCGCUGUUUCCUUUAUUGUAGACAGCGUCGACAUUGCUCGAUUUUUUGUCGACAAUUGGUACCUAACGAAAUCAGACAUCAAAAUUUUAUCCAGGAAAAAAAAUAUUAUGAGUUGUUCACAACUAUCUGAAACUAGAGCUCUUUCGUAUCUGAAGGAAGUUUCUCGCCAGCCAAUGAAGUUGGAGCUUUUGUGCUUCAUAACUGUCUCGUCUGCUUUAGGUUCAGACCAAGGCAGACGUCAAAGGGUUCUUAACUCUAAACUCCCAGUCCUAUUUAAAGAAAAGCUCUUGUUUUCAAAACUAGAGGUCAUGGCCUUUGAGGCAACAAUUAGGCAAGCCUUACAUAUGGGCAUAUAAUCAGCAAUUUAUGUUUGGUAACAGCUCUGUAUAAAAUACAUGUUCAUAAUAUUAUGGCCACAUCUUUUAUGGAUCAAUAUAGUAAAUAUGUAAAAGUGAAACUUCUGUGAACGAUGUGGAAAAAAAUCGUUGUUUCCAUUAUAAAUUUUUUGGAGAAUUUUAUGUCUUUUUAUUUUUCUUUUUUAGGUACAUCAAGAGUCAAUUCUAUUUGUCUAAGCUGAUAAUGUUGCUAGUUUUAACUAUCCUUGUUAACCAAUAUGGCUUCUUAUUAAAAAGGUUACAGCUCAAAACUAGUGUCAUUGAUU